GAGGAUUGUUCCCGGGACUCAAUUAUAAUGUCGGCGGUCCUCGAUCACAGUUGCCUUGGACGCUACUCCCACUACGCUCCUCGUUAUCAUUCUCGUGUGCGGUGGCCAACAUGGUCGGCGUGAACCUGCAUCUCAAUGACACGAUGGGCUGCACGUUCAUCGGGGUGUUCUUUUCUCUCGCUCUGUACGGGGCCUCGUGCGCGCAGACGAUAUUCUAUUUCUACGAGUACCCGGCGGACAAGAUGAGAGUGAAGUCAUUGGUGACCAUACUAUGGGUACUGGAUACCGCUAGAACGAUUCUCGAUAUAUGUUAUCUCUGGUAUUGGCUCAUCGCUCACCACGCGGAUGUGACUGGUCUGUCUGUGCUUCCCGACACAUUCACCGCGGAGUUUUUCAUCUCAGCGUUGACUGUGUUCAUCGUUCAAUGUUACUUUAUCUCUACAAUCUGGAGACUGCUCUCACAGAAGUGGUACCAAUGGCUGCUCACGUCUGUUGUGGUAUUACUCGCUGUCGUGUCGUUCGUCGGAGGCAUUGUUACUGUAUACCGCAUUAAUCUCGAUACACACGCCACUGCGGCCGUCCUAGACUCCACGAUUCCGGCAUCGAUACAAACCGUCGUUGCAUUCGUUGCAGAUGCUUACAUUACCGUCUCACUUUGUGCGAUUCUCUGGAAUCAGAAGACCGGUUUCAAAAGGACGGAGACCCUGAUCACCACGCUCAUAGUCUAUUCCAUUCAUCGGGGUAUCUUUACCGGUCUGAUCCAAUUGGCGCACUUCACCACGUAUAUUUCCACCAUUCACUCCAGCAGUUUGUACUGGAUGCUAUGGCACAUACCAGGAAGUGGAAUCUACGUCAAUUCGCUGCUUGCCGUGUAAGUUUUCGGUCACCGUCAACGUGAGGUUUCUGGGUGUACUAACAUUUGCCCUCCGUUAGAUUGAAUGUGCGUCACCAGCUACGCGAAGGGUCAUCGGAC